AUGCGUCUGUUUCUGGAACACCUUCACCUCACAUGGUCUCAUAAUUCUCACAUCUGCAUGAGUUUUGAUGCUGAUAGGAGUGGAGGCCAUUUACUAAUUUUAGAAACUGACAGUUCAAGCUUAAAUGACUGGAUGGCAAGUCAGCUCUCUUAUUCCGUGUCUGAGGAGGCAAACCCAGGGACUGCUGUAGGAAACAUUGCAAAGGACCUAAACCUGAAUGUCCAGGAGUUGGAAUCUCGAAUGUUUCAAAUCGUUGCUGGAUCAAAGAAAAAAUACUUGGAGGUAAACCUAAAGACAGGCAUGAUGUUUGUCAGUGGUAGGAUAGACAGAGAGGAGCUCUGCUCAGAUGAACCUAAAUGCUCGCUCAGUGUAGAAGCUGUGAUAAGCAACCCUUUGAAAUUGUAUCGCAUUGAGGUGGAGGUCUUAGAUGUGAACGACAACGCCCCGUUGUUUUCCACAAACCAGCAGAAUCUCUACAUCGCAGAGAGUACUUUGCCAGGAGUGAAAUUUGCUUUGUCUGAAGCAGUUGAUGCAGAUAUAGGAAGAAACGGGGUCAGUUCUUACAAAUUAAGCCAUAAUGAGCAUUUUUCUUUGUCCGUGAACAAAGCAGGUGACGGUGUUUCUGCAGAGCUCAUGCUGCAGAAAGCAUUAGACCGAGAGAAGCAGCCUGUGAUCACCAUGACGCUGAUAGCUGUGGAUGGAGGCACUCCUCCAAAGUCAGGUACCUCACAGAUUUAUGUUAAUGUGUUAGAUAUUAAUGACAAUAUUCCACUUUUCAGUGAGUCUCUCUAUAAAACCAAAAUUAUGGAAAAUGCACAGCUUGGCACAACAGUGAUUACUGUGCGGGCCACGGAUGCAGACGAAGGUGUAAAUAGUGAGAUUGUUUAUUCAUUAAGAAGCAAAGAUCAAGAUCAUGUGCUGGAUAUUUUUGCAAUUGAACCCCAUACUGGUGUAAUUACUGUUAAAGGUGAUAUAGACUUUGAGGAAAGAAGGGCUUUUGAGAUACGUGUAGAGGCCAGUGAUAAAGGUCAGCCUCCCAUGUCUGCUCACAGCAAGGUUCUGGUGGAGGUAGUGGACCUAAAUGAUAAUGCCCCUCAGGUCACAGUGACGUCACUAUAUCAAACAGUCAGAGAGGACACAGCUGCAGGGACUGUGGUGGCGCUUGUGUCAGUGCUCGAUAAAGAUGGUGGAAAAAAUGGUGAAGUGAGGGUUCAAAUUGUUGAUGAGUUCCCAUUUAAACUUGUAAUAAAUUACAAGAAUUAUUAUUCUCUGUCAGUAAUUGGGCCACUGGACAGGGAAAGUGUUUCUGCAUAUGUAGUUACUAUUGUUGCAGAUGAUAAAGGGAGCCCAACACUUUCGAGCACACGUUUGAUUUUAAUAAAUGUUUCUGAUGUAAAUGAUAAUCCACCAAAGUUUUCAGAACAAGAAAUAAAUGUGUAUUUGAAAGAAAACAACCCUGUUAGAGCAGUGAUUAAAACAGUGACUGCAAAUGAUGCUGAUAGUGGUGAGAACAGCAAGGUGAGCUACUCAUUUGUAGAUGAAAACAAUAAGAGAACACCUUUAUCAACACUAGUGAAUAUUAAUUCAGAGACAGGAGAUAUAGUCAGUCUGCAGAGUUUUAACUAUGAGGAGUUGAAAACAUUUCAGUUUAAAGUUCAGGCCACAGACUCUGGUGUUCCUCCACUCAGCACCAACUUGACUGUAAAUGUUUUUAUCCUGGAUGAGAAUGACAACAGUCCAACUAUUCUGGCUCCUUAUUCUGAGCUCGGUUCUGUUAACAGUGAGACCAUCCCCUAUUCUGCUGAAGCGGGCUACUUUGUAGCAAAGAUCAGGGCUGUGGAUGCAGAUUCUGGAUACAACGCGCUGCUUUCUUAUCACCUGUCUGAGCCCAAAGGAAUCAACCUGUUCAGGAUUGGAACCAGCACCGGGGAGAUCAGGACUAAGAGGAGAAUGA